UGGGGCAAAGUUUAUUCCUGUCAGUAUCUGAGUGUCCCCCAUCUCGUUCUGUUGUCCGUACUUUGGCUUCAUAGAGAAAGAUGGGUUUCAGGUCUCCCUUUGGUGCUUUUCAUUUACGCCUACCAAGUACUGCCACUUAACUUCUGAACCUCUCUCGAGUUCUUCUUCUUCUUCUUCUGCUGUUUGCGAAGUGUUGCUUUUCUGCCUGCGACGGCUUUGUUCCUGCAUUGAAAGAAAAGCAUUUCUUAAGAGGAAAUGCGUGUCCAACUUUCGCAAUUUCUGGAUACGGCCCAACACGUUUCCCUGCUGUGUCCCUGUCGGAAAACGGAAACGUUUCCGAAACGGAAAACUUCAGAGGAUGCCGUUUCCGUGCUUCAGAGAUCCAAAUGAUGAAUUUCUUUGGCCAUGGAACCUUUUGUUACAAAUCAAAGUGUGGAGAUCAACAUCAGUGUUGGUCAUUGGUAGCAAUGAACUAAGCUUCACCUAACAUCUGUCUUCAGCCGUUGGAAUUGAUUUUUCUGAUAAUUUGUUACAUGGGGAGAUUCCGGAUGGCCGAUUUGGACUGCAAGGUUUGGCGUACCUCAACUUAUCAUACAAUUUUCUUGAUGAAAGAAGGCUAUCGGAGGUUUCCAGGAGCUUUUGCUGGGAAUCCAGGCUUGUGCUUGGAGUCCUUUGGUGGAGGGUGCAGCACAGCUAGCCUUCCAGCAGUUCCUAGGAAGUCAUCUGAAGAAAUAGAAGGUCCAAUUUCUGUUUGGGUCUUCUGCCUGAGUGCUUUUGUUAGCUUCUAUUUCGAGGAAGAAAUUAUGUUCUCCAUACAAAAAGUUUAGCCCAGUUUAUGUGAAUGUUAGUGAAUUUGUGUUCAUCCUCGUCUUUGUUGAAGUAGCAUAGUGCUCUUGUAUACGAGUUAUCUUAAGAUUAUUCAAUACUGCAAGUUGUGACUUUUAGAUGAUGAA